AUGAAUCAAGUCUCCAAGGACUACCGCAAACUCGUCCACGAAAUCACCAAAUUAGGGCUCUUCGACAAGAAAGGCAACAACAUCAUCUUCUCCAUCACCUCCAUUGCAACGCUCUUCUCCCUCCACCUCUACGGCGUCUCGGCGGCGGCGGUGGCGCUGAUGGACUCGGACGGGGACGGGUUGUUGAGUUUGGAGGAUUUCGUGAAGAUAGUGGAGGGGGCGGGAGAGGAAGAGAAGCAGAGCGAUUUGAAGGCGGCGUUCAAACUGUACGCACCGGAGGGAAGCUCGUGCAUUACUGCAGAGAGCUUGAAGAAGAUGCUCAGUAGAUUGGGGCAGAGAAGGAGUGUUCACGACUGCAAGAAUAUGAUCGCCCCUUUUGAUAUCAAUGGCGAUGGAGUGCUUAAUUUCGACGAGUUUAAGAUUAUGCUUCUCUCUUAUGUUACCAAUUCUACAUUAAAAUCCGUGCCAUACACAAAUUGA